UGGAGCAGCCUUUUGAUGUGGGGAAGGAGGAGGAGGAGUCACCUAUUUCUGCACACCUGGUGAGAAAGGCCUUUACCCACCUGGCAGGCCGGUCACUGCAAGGGAAGGCUUUUUUACUGUGAUGAUGAAUCCGACUUCCUUGACCCAUUUUGUCACUUCAGGAAUGUCGGAAAGGGAGAGGCAAGUGAUGAAAAAGCUGAAGGAAGUGGUCGAUAAACAGAGGGACGAAAUCCGAGCCAGGGACCGAGAGCUUGGGCUGAAAAAUGAGGAUGUGGAGGCGCUCCAGCAGCAGCAAAACAGGCUAAUGAAAAUUAAUCACGACCUUCGGCACCGGAUCACCGUGGUGGAGGCUCAGGGGAAAGCUCUCAUCGAGCAGAAAGUGGAGCUGGAGGCGUAUUUGCAGACCAAGGAACAGGAGAUGGCGGCACUCCGGGCGGAGCUGGGGAAGCUCCGAGAAAAAACACAGGGGGAGCCCAGCCAGAAUGGAGAAGACGCACCGGCAGAAGAGCCAAACAAUGAGGAAUACAUCUCAGAAUCGGAAAAGACAGCCAUGGACUUGAAGGACCCAAAUCGGCCCAGAUUUACUUUGCAGGAGUUGCGGGAUGUUUUGCAUGAGAGAAACGAGCUGAAGUCUAAAGUCUUCCUGCUCCAAGAAGAACUUUUGUAUUACAAGAGCGAGGAGGCUGAUGAAGAAACAAGAUCCCCUCAACCUACACCUGUCAUUCACACAAAACCCUCCGCUCAGCCGGAAUCUGGUAUCAAACGACUGUUUAGCUUCUUUUCCCGGGAUAAGAAACGGAUGCAAGCCACGCCGAGGAAUGCCCCCUUCCAGGAUUCCUUCGGCCAGUGGGCCGACUCGAACAAAGACGACAUGUAUACCGAACAAGGACUGGAAGCCUUACAGCAUCUGUGACCGAAACAAAACGACGCUUGGGUUGCUUUGCUAACGAGCGUGGAGAAACUCGCCCAGCCGCAGCCACAUCGCGAUUGGCAUUAAAGAGCUUAUUCCCGGGCCGGUUUCCAAAAGGGAUUCCUCGGCGUUUACUUUUCUGCUGCCGAAAAGCAAGAGCCGUCAGGAGGGCUUCGUAUACUCUCGGUGUAGCCGCACUUCUAGAUCACGGGCUGUGUGUUGAUUUAGCUUGUUGGGUGUCUCCCGGGUUUCGUUUUAGGGUUUUUAAAUCACUGCAUUAACUGCACUUAACAUUUCCCUUAAACCAAAAAAAAAAGAAGAAAAGGAUCUGUUGUUACGAACGACUUGUAGCGGCAAUCCUGUCGAAGACUCUCUUUGCCUGAUGGGAGAAGCAUCGGAGAUUUCGGUUCGUUUCUUCCUCCUCCUGCUAAUGAUCAAUUUAAGGGACAUGGUACUCGGUCUUUCCUGUCACAGCAGAAGAUGUGUCAGGGUUGCGGCUGGGCUCUUUCCUCCUUUACCCCCCUCCCCGCCCUCCUCUAGAGGCACUUCCCUUUUGCCAAAGGAAUCCAUUUCAGAAAGAGGGUCAGUGUAGAUCCUGGAACUGGAUCCGAACGGACUUGGAACCGUGUAUUUUUGGGUUUAUUUAUAGUGCCUAAAGCGUGACCACAUACAGGGUGUGAGGGUGCCUUGCAGUUUUGCUAAGACUUUUCUGACUCAUUAAUGGAAAACUAAACUGUAGAACUUCAUGCUAACCUAUUUUUUAAAAGAUGUAUCAUCGUA